AUGGUUUUAUUCCAAGGAAACGUGGACUCAAACAAGAACUGCACAGAUAUGAAAACCAAUAAUGCUACAUCGUGUAUUGCAUUAUGUAUUAGAAACGAAUCAUGUUUGCUGACUUUAAUGACUGAGGAGAGCUGUUUUCAUUGUAAUUACGGUAAAGUUAAUUGGAUAACUCGUCAUGACAAUAAUCAUUAUAUUGGUCUGAAGGUACUCUACGACGACAAGCAAAUGACGCAGGCUCAAGGAAAACAAAAUUGUCGGAAUGUUAGUGCACAGCUGAGCGGUUUGGAGAGUAUGAAUGAGACAAGAUUUGUAGCAAAAAAUGCUGAGGUGGAAAUGAGGGCAGACAACACGUUACGUGGAAAAUCUGACCACAAUGGCUGGGCUGUUUGGAUUGAUGGUGAAAGAAGACCUGGGUGUACUGAACAAGCAGUAAUUAAUUCUACAGCUGAAUGUCAAGGUGUAAAAGGCUUCAAUUUCACCGAUACAACACUGACAGCAAAAUUAGGAUACGAUUGGAGUGAGAAUGAGCCAAAUGGAUACGAAGACAAACAGGAUUGUGUUGUGAUGAUGUUACAUACGAAUAGUACAGAAAAAAGAAAUAGAAAGUUGGAUGACACAUCAUGUACUGAUAGCAAAUCUUUCUUGAAACGUGGAGUCUUGUGCGGAAUGAUGGCGAAAUGA